AUGCAAACAUCGCGCACUGAAAUUUGGGACACAGAAGGUCUUAAUAAAGAAAAUGUAAGAAUUCUUUUAGAUUCCGGAUCGCAAAGAACGUACAUUACAGAGCGACUGGCAACAUCCCUGAAUCUAAAGAGGACAAAAGAACAAGAGAUUCGUCUGGUUACGUUUGGUAGCGACAAAUCGAAGGUGAUAAAGACAAUGUCUACAAAGUUAAAUGUUCGGUUGAAGGAUGGACACGAUUACACAAUAACAGCAAAUAUAGUUCCAACAAUUACAGGAAGCAUUCAAAGGAAACCAGUACGUAUAUCGGAUAGAGACAACUUCAGGUCGUUGAUAAAGAACCUUAGUCUAGCGGACGAUAUACCUACUGAAGAAUACACAGACUCAAUUGAAUUAUUGUUGGGAAAUGAUUAUUACCUGGAUAUAGUAUUAGGACAUAAAAUAGAGAUUCAGCCAGGACUUUAUCUCUUGUCGUCAAAACUAGAUUGGAUUCUUUCUGGAAGAACAAAUGAGAUAGAUGAUAAUGCGAGUGAUACAAACUUGUUAAUAUUAUCAUAUGGCAAUAGCAUUACAAAGACGCAAGUGUUUACGAACGUUGUUAAAUGUGUUCCAAACACACCUGACAUCGAGGACUUUUGGAACAUAGAAACAAUAGGAUUAAAAGAUACCACCAACGUAAGAUCUGAAGAUGAUCAAGCGAUGGAAGACUUCAAGGAAAACCUUGUGUUCAAGGAUAAUAGAUACCAUGUUACAUGGCCUUGGAAAAUCGACCAUCAAGAAGUUCCGGAAAAUCGUCCUCUUGCCUUUGGACGAUUAAAGUCAUUAGUAUCGAGGUUCAAAGAUAAACCAGAUGUGUUGCAGAAGUAUGAUUCUCUUAUACAAGAUCAACUUGAAAAGGGAAUCAUAGAAAAAGUUCCGACCUCUAAAAAGAAUGGACUGACCCAUUAUUUACCUCAUCAUGCAGUGAUCAAACCUGGCAAGUCAACAAUAAAGUUUAGAAUAGUGUAUGACGCAUCAGCAAAAACAAAGAUUGAGAAUAGCAGUUUGAACGACUGUCUCUACAGAGGACCCGUGCUGCUAAACGAUCUUUGUGGAAUUCUUUUAAGAUUUCGAGUACAUACGAUCGGUAUUGUGUCAGACAUUGAAAAAGCUUUCCUCCAAAUCAGAUUACAGAAAGAUCAAAGAGAUGUCACGCGAUUCUUAUGGCUAAAGGAUUUAGAAAACCCAGAAGUAACACAAAAUCAAAUACAAGUUUACCGCUUCUGUCGCGUGCCCUUUGGAGUUGUGUCAAGCCCAUUCUUAUUAAGAGCAACAAUUGAUUAUCAUUUGGACAGUUACAACAAUGAUGUCGCUAAACAACUGAAACAGGAUAUUUAUAUGGACAAUGUUGUAACGGGAACAGACACCAUUGACGCUGCGAAAGAUUUGUAUACUAUGUCCAAAGGAAUUUUCGAAGAUGCAAGCAUGAACCUUCGUGAGUGGGCAUUAAUAUAA